UUUAUGAGUAGGAAAUUGUAGCCAAAUAAAAUAAUACUGAGUGUAUACAUAUAUUAAUAAAAAGCCGGUAAUAAAGAAACACAUACAUAUACUCAUGGAUAAUCAAGAUCACAUUUUGCGAAAAAUUAAUGAUGGUGUUUAUGAAUUAUCAAAGAAACGAAAGGGUAAAAGCGGAGUUUGGAACAUUUUCGCAGAGAUUAGGAAAGACGAUGGAUCUAUUUUACAAGGUUAUUUAUGCUGUCGUAAGUGUGUACGCUUAUACAAAUUCGAUGGCAAACGAACUUCCAACCUCAACCGCCAUAAGUGCUAUUCAUCGGUUUCGAAGGAAGCGUACAAUAGAAAUAACCAUCUUACAUUGCUUGAAAACUCUUCUAAUGAUUAUGAUUUUGCCAACGAUGUUAAAGCCUGUGACCCAAUCGCUUCGACUUACAUCCAUAAUGAGCCGCAACAUUGCGAAACUCAAAGCGAAAUGUCCUGCCGUAGUAGUAUCAACACCAACAUGAAAUUGUCUGACAAUCUUACGAAUGCACCCGGGGCACCACACAGGAAUGCGAAGCAAGUGGAGAGUUUAUGCGAAAUGAUAAAAAGUGAUUUGCAAGAUGUUCCGGAAGUGUUGUUUUUUGACGCCAAAUGGAAGAUAAUGGAUAUUUUACGAGAAGUACACAGAUCGCAAUUGAAUAAUAAACUUCAGUCAAGUGCAAGCACAUGGGCUCUUGGGAAUGGAGAAAGUGGGAGUGGAAGUCUCAGCAGUAGUAUGACAGAUCAAGGCAUCGUUGUUAGCCCUAGUCCUACUCCUACAGCGCCGAAUAAGUACUAAUAUACAGUGUUUUCAGCAAGAACACAGAUAAACUAUAAAAAAGUGGUCAUAGUGAAACAAGAAAUUGAGUAAAUAUUUUAUCCGGGUCCAACUAUUAUUUCUAACUUUGCAUACUACAGAAAACUCACCAAAAGUUUGUGAGAAUGUUGCUAGAGCGAUGAUUCUUGAUAGUUUAUAAAUCCAGCUU